UUUUCCUAAAAUUUUCUCGUCUGGUCUCAGCCUUCUUCAUCCUCUUCACUGAGUCAGAACCAAAGAACAAUGAGAUUGUAAAACCCUAAUUCUUCACUGAGGUCAUCUCGUUUUGGUUUCUUCUUUUCAAAAUUGAGUUUGAGAAUGGAUCAACAUCUUCAUCAUCCGCAACAAUGGCAUCCCAGGCCAAUCCAACCCACUGUCUGUCCAAUUUGCGCAAUGUCUCACUUCCCCUUUUGCCCUCCCCAUCCAUCCUUCAACCAAAACCCUAGAUAUUCCUUUGGACCCGAUCCUUCUUUUCAAACCCCCGGUUUCGACUCUCAUCGUUCAUCCAUGGGGAUGCCGCCUCCGUAUAUGGGGAAUCCUGACGAUGGUUUCGCAGAUCAGAGGCCGUGGAUGAGAAAUUCUGCCAAUUCAUACGGGCAUGUCCCGUUCCACUCUCACAGAGAAGGGGUUUUCCCGCCUCCAUAUGAUUAUGGCGGGAAUGAGUUUGUAAUCGACGCUGAAAGAAGCUACAAGAGGCCGAGGGUUGAUGAUGUAGGUUCGGAUGGUGUUGUUCAUGAGCUUAAUCAUAAUCAGAAGAGCGGCAGGAGUUCAUUUGAGGAUGAACGAAGGUUGAAGUUGAUUCGGGAUCAUGGAGUUGUAUCGAGUGGAUCGCCUGGAGGUGGUUCUAAUUCCUUGCCGAGAAUGAAUUUGGGUUCUAAUACCGAAGCUAACAGACGAACUCCUGAAAAUUCAGUGGGAUCUGGGGACUCAGAAGAUGUCAGGAGCACGAGAAUCUUGGAAAGUAGUCACUUCCAAGAUCCGGGUAAUGCCAUUAAUGAUGGAAGGACUCGACACUUUCACGAGAAUGGUAGAAUUGACGCGCGGCGGCCUUCCCAAAAUGAAGAAUUUUCACAUGCUCGAUAUGAUCAGGUUGGAGGCCAUUGGCAUAUGCCGCACUCUGUUCCUCCUGAAGCCACCGAAGACAACUAUCUUACUCAUAGAAACGAAUGGCAUUAUUCUGAUGACCGGCAAGCAUUUUCCUGGAUGGAUGAUAGAAAUAACAGCAAAAUGAACAUUCUUGAUCGUGAUUAUCAGCCACCCCCUCGCUCUGAGAUGAAUUCCAUCCAUAUGAGACCAUUUUCAUCGCAUGGAAAUGCUCAUCACGGUACUAGAAAUAUGAAUUUUGGUGCUGGAUACGCUCCACGGCUUUCUGGCGGUGGCAGGUUCUUGGAAAAUGGAAGCUCAACUGAAGAUUCUCGCUUCUUUGGUGAGCAACCCCCACUUCCUGCUUCUCCACCACCGCCUAUGCCUUGGGAAGCACACUUGCACGCUUCUGCAGAGUCUAUGGCUUAUUCUUCUCAAGCAAAACCUUCAUCCCUGUUUCCUGUUCCAGUUAAUACCUCAACUAUAACGUCAUCAGCAUAUUCUUCAGCUCCUGAACACCGUUCCUUUCACCACCAUAAACCAAUGUCUCAUGUUUCUUCUAGCCCUAUGAUGGAGGAUUCUCUGGCAUUGCACCCAUAUUCUAAGAAGUUUGCUGCAGACGGCAAACCUUUUGGAUUGAAUCAAGUGCCUCCGCAAAAACCCACAGUUAUUGAUGCUUCACAUUUAUUCAAGCUACCUCAUCGGUCUAUUCGUCCAGAUCAUAUCGUGGUUAUCCUUCGAGGGCUUCCAGGUAGUGGAAAAAGCUAUUUGGCAAAGAUGUUGCGUGAUGUUGAAGUUGAAAAUGGUGGUGAUGCUCCUCGUAUACAUUCUAUGGACGAUUACUUCAUGACAGAAGUGGAAAAGGUCGAGGAAGGUGACGCCAAAUCAUCAAAUUCAAUUAAAGGCAAGAAGCCAAUCAUGAAGAAGGUCAUGGAAUAUUGUUACGAACCUGAAAUGGAGGAGGCUUAUCGGUCAAGCAUGUUGAAAGCAUUCAGGAAGACCCUUGAGGAGGGGAUAUUCACCUUUGUAAUUGUGGAUGACCGCAAUCUGCGGGUAGCUGAUUUUGCUCAGUUUUGGGCAAUUGCAAAGAGUUCGGGCUAUGAAGUUUACAUUUUGGAAGCUACGUAUAAGGACCCUACAGGCUGCGCAGCAAGGAAUGUGCAUGGAUUUAACCUCGAUGAUAUACAAAAGAUGGCUAGACAAUGGGAAGAAGCUCCGCCUUUGUACUUACAAUUGGACAUCAAGUCCUUAUGUCAUGGAGAUGACCUUAAAGAAAGUGGAAUUCAGGAGGUUGACAUGGAUAUGGAAGACGAAGACGAUGAUAGUUUGCCUAGUUUUCAAGAAACGAAGUCUGAGAAGACAGUGUUACCUCCUAUAAGAGAUGAUGCUUCUGAAGAUGAUGAGAAGAGAUGGGAUGCAGAACCUGACCAUCUGAGAGAGGAAGUAAAAGAGUUAGGUAGGAGUAAAUGGUCAAAUGAUUUAGAUGAUGAUGAUACAGAAAGAAUUGAUGGCCGGAAUGGUCAUGCAAAUGCUCUUUCUGGUCUGAUUCAAGCAUACGCCAAAGAAGGAAAGUCAGUGCGCUGGAUGGACCAGGUUGGUAAUACUGGAUUCUCAAUCGGUGCCACAAAAAAGGCAAACAGAUUAUCUCUAGUAAUUGGUCCUGGUGCUGGAUAUAACCUGGAAUCCAACCCAUUAGCAGAAGAAGAAUACCGUGGCUCAACCCAAAACAGCAACGAGACAAAGAAACACAGCAGAUUUGAGGAGCGAUUGCGCGCAGAAAGCUUAUCAUUCAAAGUUGUUUUCGAUAAAAGGCGACAAAGGAUAGGAGGACUUGAUUGGGAAGAGGACUAGGGAUUGGUCAACAUUUGCAUAAGGCAUACAUUUUUUUGACAUUUUUCUGAGGGGGGGAUGUUUUCUAUUCAGAAAGGUAACUUUUUUCUGCUCCCAUUCUAUCAUUCGUUGGUGACCAUUUUACUGGUCUCUGAGUUGUACAACGAAUAAUAAUAUGCAUUUUUGUAAGGAAGUUCUUGAUUGUAAAUUGAAUUCGCCAAAUGAAUUUUAGUUGGUUUGUUUGAA